AUGGCGCCGGCGAAGUUCGUUGUCCCCGCCGUAGGGACGCUCCCGGCGUACCGCGUCGACGGGCAGCUCUUGGGCGACCCGAUCCCCGCGAGGACGGGCGUGUCCAAUCAGUUCGAUCCCAUCAGUGGUUUGGUCGAGGAGGAGGUGGUGGUUGCGGCGCCGGUCUCUCCGCGUGGUCGGCCGGUCGUGGUUCCGGCGCUGGCUGCCGCUCCCGGCGGUGUGGUGGUCGCGGAAGCCCCGAGGUGGAGGUGGAGGAGCGGCGACCUGUGGUUCAACGUCGUCAUCCUGGCAUUCAUAUUGGUGGUGUUCUGCGCCCUGCUGGCGGCCUACAUCCUGCUGGAUCACCCGGGCGUGGACGGCCUCGUCGACGCGGCCCACGUACUAGGUUUUUCUGCUGAUUCAAUGAUUGAUUCUUCGUUGAUCCGCCUCGGCGAGGGGGCCUUCGGCGCGGUCGUCAAGGCUCGCCACCGCGCCACGGGCCGGAUCGUCGCCAUCAAGCGCGUCGGCAAGGCCCACGGCGGGCACGCCGCGCUGCUGCGCGAGGCGCGCUUCCUCGAGGAGACGAGCGGCGGCGGCGCCAACCCGUUCGUCGUCGGCUUCCACGGCGUCGUCCGCCGCCCGGAUGCCUUUGACCUCAGCCUCGUCAUGGAGUGCGUGGGCCCAAGCCUCCACAACCUCCUCCGCCAGCGCCCCCGCGGGAGCCCGCCGCUGCCCGAGUCCAUGGUGCGCGCCGCCAUGUGGCAGCUGCUCACGGGCGCCAAGAAGAUGCACGGCGGCCACAUCGUGCACCGCGACAUCAAGCCCGCCAACAUCCUCGUCGGCGACGAUCACCGCAUCGUCAAGCUCUGCGACUUUGGCCUCGCCAUGUCCACGGACGAGCGGCCUCCGUACAAGCCGGCCGGCACGCUGUGGUACAUGGCGCCGGAGAUGCUGCUGGAGAAGCCCGACUACGACGAGCGCGUCGACAUCUGGUCCCUCGGCUGCGUCAUGGCAGAGCUCAUCAACAACGGGAGUCCUUUGUUCCAAGGCUUCUACGGUGAAGGACAGCUCUGCGCCAUCUUCGACGUGCUGGGCACGCCUGAUGACAGUACAUGGCCGUGGUUCUCAUCCACGGCGUUCGCCACCGUGGUGAUGCCGGAGCUGGACAUGCAGCGGGAAAACAACCUACGCGAGCUGAUUCCCGAGUCGAAGCUGUCCAAGGAAGGAUUCGAUGUCCUCAGCGGCCUCCUCACGUGCAACCCGGAGAAGAGGCUCACGGCAGCCGCGGCGCUCAAACACCCAUGGUUCGACAAGAUCGACGUGCUGGAGCUGCCAAAGAAAGAAGAGUUUGCAUCGCCGAUGUCCUUGCAGACCAAGAGACGGAGGAUGCAUGCUGUGUAA